GCUAACGUUAAUUAACUGACGAACAGCUGUUAAGUGCUCGUUAGGUUGUUGCUAGCCAAAUAGUUUAGGGCAUUUUACCAAAUAUAUCCGUUAACUUGGGCUUUCGGUUAGUCUUCUAUCUAAGACAAAGGCUAAGCUAACAGCUAACGUUCAUUUAGUAACCUAAAUAGUUAAGCUAGCAAAGUAGGUCAACAGUAAUCGUGCUGCCAGCUAACGUUAUCUGGUCCGUUGCCCUGAAUUAUAGUUAUGCUAGCUGAAUUAUUGCUAACAAAGUGACGUGGACUAAAAAGUUUAAGGAGACAAGAGAGACAUGGCAGAGAGAAUGGCAGAGAUGGAGGAAGACAUUGGAGAUCUGCCAGCCGGAGAGGAUGACAAUGACUCAGACAGAGAUGAAGAUGACAGACUGUUUGCUUGGAUGGUAAAUGACGAUAUGGAUGAGGACGAGGAAGAUGAGGAGGAGGAGGAGGAGGUGGAGGAGGAUGAACAGCCCUUGGACACUGAAGCAGCUGAAUCAUUUGAGUUGGAUACCCCAGCUGAGCGCAGUGGUCAUAUAGCAGUGGUUGACAGAAACAUCAUGUAUGUGUGGGGUGGAUACAAGAAUGCUCAAAACCACGGAUUCUAUGACUUGUAUCUGCCGAGAAAUGAGAUCUGGACAUACAACAUGGAGUCAGGAGUAUGGACAAAGCAUUUAGCCGGAGGUAACCUGCACACAUCCAUGUCAGGCAGCUGUGGGGUUUGUGUUGAUGGAGUCCUCUACCUAUUUGGAGGUCAUCACGCCAGGGGAAACACAAACAGGAUCUACCGCCUGCCUCUGAGAGCUUCCAGCCUCAUUUGGGAGGAAAUGAGGGAUCUUAAAGGACUCCCUCCAUCCUGCAAGGACAAGCUAGGGUGCUGGGUUCAGAAGAACAGACUUAUAUUCUUUGGGGGAUACGGCUACACUGCACAAGGACCUCAUCAAGGGACUUUUGAAUAUGAUGAAUCAUCUUCACUUGUGUGGGACAGCCCUGGGCGAGGCUGGAACAACCACAUCCAUAUCCUGGACCUGGAGACAUCUACAUGGAGCCAGCCCAUCACCACGGGGAACACCCCAUCACCCAGAGCAGCUCAUGCCUGUGCCACAGUUGGUAACAGAGGUUAUGUGUUUGGGGGACGAUACAAGAACUACAGACUGAAUGACCUAUACUACAUUGACCUGGACACAUGGGAGUGGCAUGAAAUGAGCGUUCCCCAGCAGGGUCCUGUGGGCCGGUCUUGGCACUCCUUCACUCCUGUGUCACCAGACCACAUCUUCUUAUUCGGAGGUUUCACCACCGACAGAGAGACACUGAGUGAUGCUUGGCUGUACUAUGUGAGCAAAAAUGAAUGGCAGCCUUUCAAACACAGUCACACAGAGAGACCAAGACUGUGGCACACAGCAUGCUCUGGUCCUGAUGGGGAGGUGUUUGUGUUUGGAGGGUGUGCAAACAACCUGUUGUCUCAUCACAGAGCUGCUCACAGCAAUGAAUUACUGGUUUUCAACGUGCAGCCCAAAUCACUAGUUCGGUUCUGUAUGGAGGCCGUCCUGCAGCACAGGGAGCGUUUGUCUAGUUACUGGGAUUGCUUGCCUAAACACCUCCUGCACAGCCUCAAACAGAGAAUGGCACGCGUCAACACACUGGGCUCCUAAGCUAAGAGGAAGCCAUCAGUCUAGUCUGGAGGAUUACAGGAGAAUAUAUAUGUAUGUAUGGACGGGAUGAGUGUCACUCUCAAAGCAGGUAGUCCUAUUGGAGCAUUAGUUUAAUGUAUGUGGACACUUGCAUACAUUAAAAAUCUCUAAGCAAUAGUGAACAGCUGUGGAACUGUUGGAAAUGGGUCCUGAGUGGCGCACAGGCGAUCUUCAAAGCUCUUCAUUAACCUUUUCUGUUUAUCUUAUACGUCAAACUCUUGCAAAGAUAGUAGAACCGUUAGUGGAGUAGCAGUUUCAGGUCAGUUUUUGUUCAGCUUUCUUUGCUCAAUGUAAUUUUUCUGGACGACUUUACUCCUUCUCAAAAGCUAAAAUAUAAUAUCAUGGUUUUGUUUCUGCGAUAAAUGGAUCGAAGAGAAAAUACGAUAAAGAUAAGUUAUUUUUGUCAGCAUUUAGUAACUGCAAGUACAGUGAGGCUAUGACCGUACUUAUGUGUCCAGGGAGGUUUUGUUGACUAAUGCUAAUAAAAGAAUCAUUAUUUUAUCUUUGAAAAUAAGGUGUUAAGAUUGUACUAGCCAGUGCAGUAGGAGAUACCUGUUCAGCUAGAAAUAUGGACAGAAAACCUUACUCAUGUUUCAGCUUUUCAGGAAGACCACUGAAAGAAACCCUAUGUAUUUUCACUCAUUGUGUUAUUGAGGCGAGUGGGAAAAAAUUUUGCGUGACAAGAGGGCAGGACUUCGGCUUUGUGUUUUCACAAACUCCCUUUCCUCCACAAGAUUAUAGUGCAUCCUGUAGGUAUACCCAAGAGUCGAGGGCAGUUCUGGUCCUUCAAACACAUACGCCAGUCACCAGUCGUGGAAAUUGUGGUUUUCACUGUUCUUCCUCAAAAAUCGAACCAACUUAAAAUGUGUCUAAUGUCUUAACACUAAAUGCAGUGGUGCAAGGCUGAAGCAGGUUUGCUUUAACAGUGCAGAUUUUUUUUUUUAGGGAGUCUGUUUUCACAGACCUAAAACUAGUGCUUUGUUACGCAAGACUAUCUACUCUGAAGCCACAGAAAUGUUAAUUUUUAGUUUUUAUUUAUAUAUAUUUGUCAGGAAAUAUGUGGGUUCUUUGUUCUGAAAAAGGCUUUUAAAGCCUUUUAAAUUGUGUGGCUCCUGUAGCAUUUAAAUUUUAUUUAAUCAAUUACUUAAAAGUACUACGAGUGUAUUGGAUGUUGAGCCACAUUGCACUGAAAUGCCUAAUGUCAGUAGGGCUUUGUUUGUAUUUGCCUGGUUUGCACAAUGUUCCCUUGGUGUUUUUUAUUGUAGAAUACAAUGCAUACUGUUACUUUGUACUCAAAGAAUAAACAUAUACUAUAAACUGUG